AUGACCAAUUCAGAAGAAAGCCAAUACUUAGAUCUAUGCCAAAGGAUCAUUGACGAAGGUGAAUUUAGACCAGAUAGAACCGGCACUGGUACUUUAAGUUUAUUUGCACCACCUCAAUUGAGAUUCAGUUUAAAAUAUGAGACUUUUCCAUUAUUAACUACCAAGAAGGUAUUCACAAAAGGUAUAAUCUUAGAGCUAUUGUGGUUUAUCAAGGGCUGUACUGAUGGUAAGGUUUUGUCCAACCAAGGAGUGAAGAUCUGGGAAGGUAACGGCUCACGUGAAUACCUAGAUUCCUUAGGUUUAACUGAUAGACGUGAAGGUGAUUUGGGACCUGUUUACGGUUUCCAGUGGAGACAUUUCGGUGCUGAAUAUAAAACUUGUGACGAUGAUUAUACUAACCAAGGUGUGGAUCAAUUAAAAGAUGUAAUUCACAAAAUUAAGACCAAUCCAUAUGAUCGUAGAAUAAUAAUGUCAGCAUGGAACCCGCCAGAUUUUCCUAAAAUGGCUUUACCACCAUGUCAUGUCUUUUCACAAUUUUAUGUCAGUUUCCCAAAAGAAGGUGAAACUGGUAAACCUAGAUUGUCAUGUGUAUUGUACCAAAGAUCUUGUGAUAUGGGUUUAGGUGUCCCAUUUAAUAUCGCUUCUUACGCAUUGUUGACAAUCAUGAUUGCCCAUGUAUGUGAUAUGGAACCAGGUGAGUUCAUUCAUACCCUAGGUGAUGCUCAUGUAUAUAAAGAUCAUAUCGAUGCUUUGAAAGAACAAAUAAGCAGAGAACCAAGGACAUUUCCUAAAUUGAAAAUAACGAGAAAGGUGACAGAUAUAGAUGAUUUCAAAUAUGAAGAUUUCGAAAUUGUAGAUUAUAAUCCUCAUGCAAGAAUUCAAAUGAAGAUGAGUGUAUAA